GAUCGUUACAGAACGACAAGUCAACACAUCCCCACUCAUAUAUAUACAGGCAAGCUCACCGCUGGCUCUCAGCUACUGCUUGCUAUACAUUCCUGUCACCCAGUACGGAGAGGAGAAACAAUCUGAGUGACAUCAUGAACAAGAUUUUGGUCAUCACCGUGCUCAUAGCACUUCUGGGCCUCAGUGCUCAGGGCAUCCGUUUGCCCAGGCAAGCUGAGGAGCGCGCGGCUGAGGAGGCCGUGAUUGAGGAACCGGCCCCGGUGGCUGAUGUUGCCGAGGCUGCUGAGGUUGUCGAGGCCGCUGCCGCAUUAGAGCAGGGAACCCUGGGAAAGCUGGCCAGCGCCAUCAAGAACUACUACGAAACAUCCGUCAACACCGCCACCGGCUGGCUGGAAAACAUCAAGGGCCUGAAGCUGCAGGAGAAGGCCAAGAAUGCCUACAUUGACACCACCACCGCAGUGAGCACCUACUCUGGCAUCCUGCAGGACCAGGUCUACCACAUCUUACACCAACAGUAAAUAUAAAUCCUUGCUUCCCUCUGCAUCCUCAAAGUCCCUUGGUGAGGAGACCGUCACAGCUGUGGGCCCCUACUCUCUCCGCCACCCUCCCCUAACACACCACUCUGAACUGGCAAAUCACAUCCAGCCAACCCAGGGUGCAUGUAUUCUCUACUACAUUGUGCCAAUAUCCCCUACCCACCCUGUUCGGACACACAGAGUUCUCCUGAGCAUUCCAGAACACAGUACAGCCAGAACAACAGUAGCGGACUUGGUAAGCUCAACACAAGCGGAACAUGGAAUGCGGAUUUUAGGCUCACCUCAGACAGCACACAGAACCUUACCAUUAUGAAUGAAGAAAAGAGCCCUAAUGUUUCACCACAGGAAACCCAGGAGGGCAGAAACACAGUGCAUGUCAAAUUAUAGUGGUGCCCAGUGGUGCAGUAGACUCAAAUGACUCUGACGUCAGACUUCAGGAACAUCUGGAACAGAUUGAAAUACUGUAUUAUUUUAUGUCAACAAAUUAUCUUGAAAUAAAAACAUGAAUUUACAAAAAAACAGUA